AACUGAGGUUUACCACAGUGUUGAGUUACUGUCUGCCAUUUAAUAAACCGCACAGCAACUGUAGCCUUCAUGUCUACUCCUGACCUUUCACGGGUUGCAGAUAUCCUCCGCUCACUCUACCCGCAUGUCCAAACCCUGGAGCAGUUCGCCGACAGUAUCGUGUUUAAAGAGGGACGGAGAGCAGCUCUCGUCGAGCAAACCGACUCAAACCGCUUCGUGUCUUUCGUGCAGGGCGUUUUGGUGUGCUCCGACAAGAAGCUGCACCAGGUGCCAAGCUGCAACCAGAUCUGCACUUUGCCCGAGCUACUGGCUUUUGUUCUAAACAACUUCAAGCGGAAGCGAAAAAGAAAUGUCCUGGCACAUGGCUACAGUUUUCUCUCCCUGGCUCAGGAGGAACGGGAUGCAGACCAGUUCAAGUUUCAAGGUGAUGUAACUCAAAGUGCUGCCUACAUACAUGGCAGUGACCUGUGGAGGAAAGUCACGGCACGCCUCGGCACAGACAUCACAUGGUACCUGCUGGAAAGCUGUGCCGUGUUUGUGGCUGUCCCGCCUUCAUGUGUUUUCCAGGUGUGUGGAGUUCCUGUCUAUGACCGGGUCUCCAUGUCUACUGUGUCCUCUGGCUUCUGUCUCCAGACCCAGUCAAGGAGACAUAAGAGUAGUCAGUAUGGAAAGUAUCAGGGGAGUGCAGUGAUGUCAAAAAAGAGGCGAGAAUGUGAAAAUACUAAUAUCAGCAAGCAGAAGAAGAGCAGAUCCAGAAGGCAUGGCUGCAGAAAAAAGGUUAAAAGGAAAAGAGAAAGGGAUGACAAGGAAGAAGAGGGUAUGAGUUAUUCAAGAAAGAGGAGACGGAUAGAUGAGGAUGGGCGCACACAGGGAGUCCAACAGGAUUGCUAUGAAUCAGGAGAUGAUGGGCAGAACAGAUCAGUGAAAACAUCAGUGUCUCUGAAGCUUUUGGACUGUGGUGGCAUUGAUUCUAAGCAGCCUGCUGAAAUACCAACAAUCACACUUCCCUUAGAGGGAGGUCCCAGUUGGAGAACAGGGCUUUUCCCUCCUCUGCCUCCCUCACAGUGUUUUAUCCGCACACGGGGAAUGCUUUAUGGAGGGAGAGGCAUGCGCGGCUUCCUUCUCAACAGGAAGAAGAGGGGUGGAGUUGAAGUGCCUAGAAGGCUGCAGGGGCGAGACUUGAUAAGAAUAGUGUUUUUUGAGGGUGUGGCCUAUCUCAACGGGAUGGAGAGAAAGCCGAAGAAACUUCCCCGGCGCUUUUUCAGCAUGGUCCCCCUGUUUAGCCAGCUGUUGCGUCAACACAGGAGAUGUCCAUAUGGCAGAAUACUGCAGAUGAUGUCCCCAGUGGUGGAGGGGGAAGAUGGAGAGGGACAGGACUUAGCCUCUCUCCUGCCCCAACACUGUGCACGUCACCGUGUCUACCUCUUCAUCAGGGAGUGCCUCUCAACCGUGGUCCCACAGGAGCUGUGGGGGUCUGACCACAACCAGCUAUGUUUCCUCACCAAGGUUAGGGCCUUUCUGCACAGCAGCAAGUUCGAGAGGCUCUCACUGGCCCAACUGAUGUGGAAGAUGAAGGUGAAUGACUGUGAUUGGCUGAAGAUCAGCAAGACUGGAUGCUUCCCACCCAGUGAGCUCUCAUACCGGACACAGGUGCUGGGUCAGUUCGUGGCUUGGCUGCUGGAUGGCUAUGUUGCAGGCCUGGUUAGAGCCUGUUUCUACGUCACUGAAAGCAUGGGCCAGAAGAACGCCCUGAGGUUCUACAGACAGGAAGUGUGGGCUAAGUUGCAAGAGCUGGCGUUUAGAACUCACCUCUCCAAGUGCCACAUGGAGGAGUUGACCCUGGCUCAGGUAGCAUCCCUCCCCAAAACCACCAUCACCUCCCACCUUCGCUUCAUCCCCAAGACUAAUGACAUGAGGCCUAUCACACGAAUCAUAGGAGCAGAUGCCAAAACAAGGCAAUACCAAGGGCGUGUCCGGGACCUUCUGGACAUACUGCAGGCAUGUGUGCAUUCCAACCCCUCCCUCCUGGGCUCCACAGUGUGGGGGAUGACGGACAUCCACAAAGUCUUGCUCUCUCUGGCUUCAGCUCAGAAGGACAAGCUGCAACCCCUCUACUUCGUUAAGGUGGAUGUGAGUGGGGCCUAUGAGAGUCUGCCUCACACCAAGCUCGUGGAUGUGAUUAGCCAGGUCUUGUCACCGGUUCAGGAUCAAAUCUUUACUGUACGCCGCUACGCCAAGAUCUGGGCUGAUGCACACGAAGGCCUUAAGAAGAGCUUUAUUCGACAGUCAGGUGUCCUGGUUGAUAAUAUGGGAUUCACCAACAUGAAGGGGUUUGUGAUGUCACUACAAAAAACGGGAAAAGUUCAUCAUGCUAUACUGGUGGAGCAGCAUUUCUCUGCUGAUCUUCAUGCCAGGGAGGCCCUCGAGUUUUUCACCCAAAUGCUCACUGGCGGUGUUGUUCAGUUUGGGAAGAGAACGUAUCGUCAGUGCCGAGGGAUUCCUCAGGGAUCGGUUGUGUCCAGUUUACUUUGCUGUCUCUGCUACGGCCACAUGGAAAACCUCCUGUUCAAAAGCAUUUCUGAUAAAGGAGGAUGUCUGAUGAGACUAGUGGAUGACUUCCUUCUGAUCACCCCUCACCUAGACCAGGCACAAAGUUUCCUCAAGACCUUGUUGGUGGGGGUGCCAGAGUAUGGGCUGGUGAUCAAGACCCAGAAGGUGGUAGUCAACUUCCAGGUGUCUGGAGACAUGGGCUCUGUUCCUGGCAUUCGCCUGCUGCCCCCUCACUGCCUCUUCCCCUGGUGUGGACUGCUGCUAGACACACAUACACUGGAUGUCCAUAGAGACUACUCCAGCUACGCAGGACAAUCUCUGCGCUACAGUCUUACGUUAGGCUCCUCCCACUUAGCUGGACAGCAAAUGAGGAGGAAGCUGUUGUGUAUCCUCAGACUCAAGUGCCACGCUCUCUUUGUGGACCUCAAGACCAAUUCUGUUGAAGCAGUCUACAGGAAUAUCUACAAGCUGGUUCUGCUUCAUGCAUACAGGUUUCAUGUGUGUGCCCAGAGUUUACCCUUUGGUCAGACUGUUGCCAAGAACCCGGUCUAUUUCCUGCAGAUGAUCUGGGACAUGGCUGAGUACACCAAUUACCUCAUCAGACUGAGCAACAAAGGUAUGAUUAUAGGUAGUAAGGCCCAGACAGGCGUCCUCCAGUAUGAAGCAGUGGAGCUGCUCUUCUGUCUUUCUUUUCUGCUGGUGCUGUCACGCCACCGUCCUCUCUACAGGGCCCUGCUCCCGUGCCUGCACAAAAGGAAACGUGGUCUGGAGAGGCGUCUGGGGGAUCUGAGGCUGGCCAGGGUCAGACAGGCUGCUAACCCUAAGAUCCCAGAGGAGUUCCUGGCCAUCCAGACUUAAAGUGUCGCCCUGUCACCUUAAAUCACCUUCCAGUUAUCACACUAUCCCCCUGGAAAUAUAAGUAUAUAUAUAUAAGUUGGACCUAAUUUUUGUCAAAAUCAAGUUGCUGUGGAAAGCAGCACCUUUACUGUGACAAAAAUCCAAGUGAAGAGGAGUUUUUCCCCGAUUCUCAAAAGGAUAAAGAAACUAUAAAGGACAUCUGCUGUGCAAAACUACAUUACUAGGAAGGUUGGUGUUGAUAUAAAACACUAGUUGCAUGGUAAAUACUGAUAUAUUUCUAUCAUCUGCGAUAAGAUCUCUGUGCUGUGAGAAUGAACAAAUGUGUUUUCCUUCCUUGGAAACAAAUAAGCAAAACAAAAAAAGCCUCCUGCAUUUACUGCAUAAAAAAAUCUAAAUAAAAGUAAAAAUAGGUCAUUUAAACUUUAAAGUAAAAGUUAUUCCGUAGCUUUUUAGAAAAGAGCAUUGUUACAUGUGAUGUUGUUAAAAAGACAAGCAAACAGAGUUAAAACUCAGUUCUUUUAAUCGGAAAAUUUCAAGAUAAAGUGCAGAAACAGCUUAAAGCCAGUUUCACCUUUUCUUUCUUGUUGAAUAGCUGCUCACUGCAAACGGAUCCACAAUUUGUCAACUGAAUUUUCUGACGUUUUUAGUGUUCCAACAAUUUGUAUUGCAUUGGAUGUCACUUUAAAUGUAGUGAGGUACAAUAUUUAAAUAAAAUUCAAUUUUAUUGCACAACAA